GCCAUUCAUCCCCGUUCAUCCUCAACACUGAGCGUGUUCUCCAACACCAACAUUCACCAACACCCUUCCUCCCAGUCGUGGGCCUAGUUGCCUCAUGGACGACCCAUUCACGUCGCCAUUGGCGGCAAGAACACCACUACAACAGCACCGACCAAAUGUCGUCGUGACCAGCUCCCUAGAGCACACCCCAUCACCCGAGCUCCUCACCCCCGACCUCAACACUGCAACCCUCCGCACACGCCUCCAGGCUAUCCUCGAUGACAAGUCGCGUCAGCUCGCCAACGUGGGCAGCUUUGGCCAACGUCUGCUCACCCAACAAAGCGAACUUGAGGACCGGAUCAAAGCCCUCGGUGACGAGCAGGAUGGUGACGACAUCAGCGAGGACACCCGCGCCAAGCUUCGUGAGCUCGAGGAUGCAAUGAAGGGUUGGGAAUCGGAUAACCAGGACAUCAUGCGUGACCUUCACGGUUCAGAGUUCCUUGACGUGGCCAUGACUCCCGUGCCCGCCCUGGCCACACCCGUAAAAGCCAACGACACGGGGCCACCACCAAGCACCCUCACACGACGACAACGCAAUGUAAAUCAGCAUCGCGCCAUGGACAUGGAGUUUGCGACAGAGAUCGGGCAGAACCUCUUGCACGAGGUGCGCAGGUUGCAAGCGCUUCUCAAUGAGCGCGACCGAACGAUCGCCGAGUCCAAAGACGCAUGGGAGGCCGAGCGCGACACUUUGGUCACCGCUGUACGCACCGCAGAAGCCAACGCAGACCAACUAAAGGACGUCAAUUGGAGUCUUGAAGUCAAUCUCCAAGAACUCCGCGGUCAGCACGGCGAUGUCACCGGUAGCUUGACCAAGGCGACCGCUGAGCAGAAUCGUCUUGCCAAGACUCUUGCUGCUGUCCGCGAGGCUGCCGAGACCCACAAGCUCGAGGCUGAACGUCAGCGCGAGAUUGUCGAGGAGCUCAAGGUCAAGCACGAGACCGAGAUGGCACAGGCUCGCAAGACUCACGCAGGUCUGACCCGCGAUAAGAGUGACCUGCUUAAUGACCUCACGAGGAUGCGCAAGGACAAGGAGGCCUUGGACAAGCGCGGCGUGCGCGAGGGCAGCCCCUUGGUGCACUCCUUUACUCAUGAUACUUCUUCCGACGACGUCUUCAACGACGAUAUGUCGUUCCGGAAGCGCCCAGGCUUUGAUGCCAACGACAAUGCGCUCUCUCCCUCGCAGCUCUACGCGUCAGACUUUGACUCGCCAGACAACACUCCCAACAAGUCCAUGUCUCGGUCACCGAUGGGUGAGAUGUACGCCGAGGAGCUUCGCAUCGAGUACGAGAAGGCUCAGCAGGAGAUUGCCCAGCUAAAGGAGCAACUCAACUCUAGGCAGCAAGUUGAGGACGUCGACGAGUUUGGUGCCUUUGGUGGUGCCGAGGAAUCCACACUCAAGGCUCGCGGCGGCAAGACGCCCAGCCGCGGACGCCGCGGUCGUGGAGGUCGUGGCUUUGCAUCAACAAUAUCUAGAAAGCUUGGCUUCCCUCGGUCCAGUUCUGGCCUCAGCGCAAGCGGUUCUGCGGCCGAUGCCAGCUUCCAAUCCUCUCCUGGCACACCUGAUCUCCUUCGUCCUGACCGCGUGGGCUCGCCGGAGCAUGCCUCUCCUCUGGCUCGACGCGGCAACCUCGCCGACUCUCUUGGGGACGACUUUGACAACGCCUCACCGACGCACUCGCGCAAUCUUUCCGACUCUAGCUUUGACGCUCUACGUCUCUCCCGCGACCUCUCACGCCAAUCUCAAGAUCUCACCCUUGCUGGUCCUCCUCUAGCCCUGGAGCUGACUCAGCCAUCAUCGUCCUACGCCGAUGCUAGCGUCAUGACGGACGACGACGACUGGUCGCGUCAACAUACCGCCACGAUACGCCCCUCGGAGACGAUGCGCCCCUCCAUUCCUUCCAUGGACCGUACAUCCCCUGCCCGCGACGUUUCGGGCGAAGUUACUCCAAACACUCGCACGAUACCGCUCCCCGCGCGACCUGCCACGGCCGACGGCUUCCGUACGGACACUACCGACGCAGAGACCGACUUCGAGGACGCCCGCGAGACUGUCGGCACGCUUACACCUGCGUACGCCACGGCUACUGCGGGUGAGGACUCUAGUGCCUCGGACGAGGACAGUGACCAGGACCACUCCGCUCUGAUGCGCCGCCCUGGCGGAUUCAGCGGCAGUCUAGGGGCAACUCUUGGGCUCGGCCUCGGCGCCGCUGCCGUUGGCACAGGCUUCUACGAGGCUCGCCGGAUAUCGCGCAUGAAGUCUAGCGACAAGGUACGCGAGCGCACUGUCGAGAGUCCCAUCGACCGUGAAAUUGUCCGCGAGGUCAUCAAGGAGGUGCCCGUGGAGAGAAUCGUGGAGAGAGAAGUCAUCAAGGAGGUUCAGGUCCCUGUCGAGGUCUUCGUCGAGAAGAUAGUCGAGAAGGAGGUCCCUGUUGACCGCAUCGUCGAGAAGGAGGUCUUUGUCGAUCGCAUCGUCGAGAAGGAAGUUUUCGUCGACCGCAUCGUCGAGAAGGAGGUCAUCAAGGAGGUUCCCGUUGAGAAGAUCGUCGAGAAGAUUGUGGACCGUCCCGUCGAAGUCAUCGUCGAGAAGAUUGUCGACCGCCCAGUCGAAGUCAUCGUCGAGAAGAUUGUCGAAAAGGAAGUGAUCAAGGAGGUGCCUGUUGAAGUCAUCAAAGAGGUUCCCGUCGAGAUCAUUAAGGAGGUCGAGGUCGAGAAGGUCGUCGAAAAGAUUGUCGAGGUCGAGAAGAUUGUGACCAAGGAGGUAUUUGUCGACAGACCAGUGGACAAGAUCAUCGAGAUCGAGAAGAUUGUCGAGAAGGAGGUCAUCAAGGAAGUACCUGUUGACCGCAUUGUCGAGAAAAUCAUCGAUCGCCCCGUGGAGGUCAUUGUCGAAAAGCCUGUCGAGGUCGAGAAACUCGUCGAGAAGGUCGUCGAGGUUCCCAAAAUUAUCGAGGUCGAGAAGAUUGUCGAGAAGGUCGUCGAGCGACAGGUCGAGGUCCCCAAGAUCGUCGAGGUCGAAAAAAUCGUCGAGCGGAUCGUUGAGGUUCCCGUCAACGUCGACGUUGAGAGAAUCGUCGAGAAGCAAGUCAUCAAAGAGGUUCCCGUCGACCGCAUGAUCGAGGUUGAGAAAAUUGUUGAAAAGAUUGUCGAAACCAAGAUCGAGGUGCCCGUCGAGGUCCCUGUCGAACGCAUCGUCGAGGUGGAGAAGAUCGUCGAAAAGACGGUCGAGGUACCCAAGGAGGUCAUCGUUGAGCGUGUCGUCGAGAAGAUCGUCGAGGUCCCCGUCGAGGUCGAGAAGCUCGUCGAGAAAGUGGUGGAGAAGGAGGUCAUCAAGGAGGUCUUCGUUGACAGACCUGUUGAGGUUGUUGUCGAGAAGAUCGUCGACCGACCUGUCGAGGUGGAGAAGAUCGUGGAGAAGGAGACGAUCAAGACGGUCGAGGUACCCGUUGAGGUCAUCAAGGAGGUACCGGUCGAGGUCAUCAGGGAAAUAAUCAAGGAGGUCCCUGUAGAGGUCAUCAAGAGGGUCGAGGUUCCCGUCGAAGUGAUCAAGGAGGUCACCAAGGAGGUGCCCUUUGAGGUCAUCAAGGAAAUCGAGGUCAUCAAGGAGGUGCCCGUCGAGCGGAUCAUUGAGAAGGAGGUUGUUCGUGAGGUUCCUGUGGACAGAAUCGUCGAGAAAAUUGUCUACAAGGACGCUCCCGUUACUGUCACAGAAACUCCAGCAACUCCGGCCCGUGGCCGUCCUCAGACUCCCAACCGCGACCGUGCCCUUACCCCUACCACCAGGCAACUCAACGUGCCCACACCGACUACCUCCCCAGGCUCUCCUCGCACGCCCGACCUUGGAUUGUUCCGCGUUAGUCCGGGCGCCAACUAUGACUUCCUCAAGUCGCCCCCUCCGCCUCGCGAACGCUCGCGAUCGCCCCGGCUCAUUGAAGGCAACGCCGCUGCCGGUGUACCUCGCUCUCGUGACCUUUCCGCCGAGGACGGCGAGGACGAGGGUCCAUCCCCACCAACUCCCGUCACUCCAUCAGCUGACCGUUCUCGCCCUCCCAAGAUGCACCUGCCUCCUCCUCCCUCGGCACCUCCUCCUCCCGGUACUCUGGUUAAGAAGAUGUCGAUGGGUCCGCCCCCCGUCCCCGUGGCCCGUGCGAUGUCGCCGGCCGACGGCAUUGCCCGCGCCGUCUCGCCGACUGGUUCCACCUACAGCCGCAAUCGCCGCUCCGCUCCCUCUUCUGCCGGUCCUGCCGUUCGUGUCGCGAACGGCACCGCGACAAUACACCCGCCGCAAAAGCUUUUCCGAGAGACGUCCAAGGCGAGCCUCCGCUCGCAGGGUGGCUCAAGGACUACAGACGCCGACGCAUGGGCAAAGUCGAGAGAGUCGGUCAAGCGCAAGGCGACACAGGUCAUCAACGAGCACCCGCGUCAGAGCACAAUGAGCGGGUACACGUCGGCCAGCUCAAGCGUAACCGACUUGCGGGAGCUGCGCGAGGGCGCGCCUUCCUUCACCUCCUCGGUCGACAGCCUUGUCGCUCAAAGACGUGGCGGCGCUCCUCGUCAGCCUUCGACGGAUCCCGCUACCAUUCAUGCAAUUACGCAGACUAUGAUUGGCGAGUAUCUCCACAAGUACACGCGCCGCACCAUUGGCCGUGGUAUGUCCGAGAACCGGCACAAACGCUUCUUCUGGGUGCACCCGUACACAAAGACGCUGUACUGGUCUUCGCAAGACCCCGGAGGUGGUGGUGCCACCGAAUCCAAGGCAAAGAGCGUGUUCAUUUCGGGCAUCCGCGAGAUUGACGACUUCAACGCCACGCCGCCUGGCCUCUACGUCAAGAGCAUCGUGAUCUCGACCCUUGGCCGUGAGAUUCAGCUGACGGCCCCGACCAAGGAGCGCCAUGACCUCUGGCUCUCAGCGUUGAACUUCCUGCUGCAGCAGGGCACCGGCACGGGGGGAACUCUCGCCACCAGAGGGACAACGGAGCGCCCACGCCGCCUCAGCGUUAUACCUGAUGAGCACGGGGCACUGCGCUCUCCGGUCAAGAACCAGAGCCGGCUGAGCGUGCGCAGUGUCGACCGCGAAAUGCUGUCGACCCCACGAGCACGGCCUGCACGUCCAGCGAGCGCCAUGAGCACGAGCGGCCGUGCCUCGAGCAUGCGUGCACGUGCAUCCACAGCCGCUGAUACGUAUAUGCGUCGUCACGCCGUCCCACAGCCGCACUUUGGCGGUCACCGCUACAAGGGCGCGUACAAGGGCGCGCCGAUCUCGACGGCGACGGACUACGAAGAGGACGAUGACCCAGAUGCGUCCUUCGAAGGCCUCGACAACGUGCGCGCCUGCUGCGACGGCCGCCACCAAGUCGGCGGGCACGUUGGAGGUCACCACGACUCGGGCCGCGUCACACCUGCCACCCCUAUUCGUCCCAACACGCCCGGUGCAUCGAUCCGCUCGCGUGCGAGCUCCAUUCUAUCCACUGUCCGGCGGUCUAAUGCCUACAACUAAACGACGACUGUUACGAGCCGAACGACUUGACGAAACGCGAGCUUACCUUUGACCAGUCCUUUAUAGUGUGUAUACCCUACCAUGCAUUGACAGUGGUCUCGCUU